GCUGGUCUCUUCUAAAAGGAAUUACAAUGACAACCCGCACCAUUUCUCCCCGAAAAGCACGUGAGUUCGGUGAAAACUCGCAAACUCACGAGCUGCACGUACCCAGGUGUCGCGUCGCUUUAAGCGGCAAAGGCUGAGAGUCGUUGUGAAAAUACUGCUGGUUUUACUGUGUUUUAAUUUAGAAACUGUUUGUUUAAGGUUGGAAUCAGAGCGGAACAAGGAACUCAUUGAGUAUUUUUGGAACUUCUCGAAGGCAGCACUCCCUGCUAUUCCACAUGCUGAUUUUCAAGUGGUUAUGGCGAGAUCUCUCAAAACGAAAAAGAGGUUUCCCGGCAGAGAAGUGGUCAAGAAAAACUUCAAAGAGUCGUAACCGAGUCCUCGGGAUACGCCAUUGCGACAUUCCCGUCCAGAAGAAACGGAGGUUCGAGGACGCAUUAAAGAUACCUCAGUUGAUGUCCUCCGAGGAAAGUAACUAUGGCGAAGACGGCAUAAAGAUUUUUACAGUACGGCCAAAGAACUGCGAGUCGACGGAACUGCAGAUGGCGAAGAGGCUCGCAGAUGAGACAUACAUGAAGAAGCUGGACAGUACAGCAGCCUUCGAAUUCCCUAAGGCAAGACGUGUCCGUGGACCACCAUCCAAAACCCCAUUCCCUGACAUGAAGAAGGAUCUGUCAUGGGUCAAUACCGAGUAUGGAAUUUUGUAGUGGUGUGUUGUGUUGUGUGGUGUGGUGUGUAACGUAAUAUAUGUGCGUGGGUUAGUGACUGAAUUUGCGGAAGUGUGUGUUCGUGGUACUUCUAUGGGUGAGUGAAUGUGUAUUUUGUCUC